ACUGAAGAAGAAGAAGAAGAAGAAGAAAAAAGAGAAGCGGCUGGAUAAAAUCAGAAGGAGGAAGGCUGGGGGAAUGGCCGACAACAUGGGAAAACAACCAGUGAGGACGGUAUCGUGAGCUUUCUACUGCUAAUUUUUUCCAUUUUCUUCAAGCUUUUACUUUUUAGUACCGCCCGUUUCCAUUUUUCGGCCGAGAUGUCCGAUAUUCGGCAGUACGUCCGGAAUAGUCCGGUAUUUUAAGCGGUACAAAUCAUGGAUAUUUCUGUGCCGGUUCACUGCCGGUACGAUAAAUUCCGGCCGUACCGGCCGGUACGAUACGGAAUUGACCCCACUGUAAUUAAAUCCAGCUUUAUUUCAAGAGGGUUUCGAGCAUUACAAUCACUACUACUUAGAUUUCAAUUUCAAAUCUAGUUUUAGAAAAAGUUUUGCAGGCCUUGUACAUGCUGCUUGGAUAAGGAUUUGCGUUUGGCUAAGGAAAAUCAAUUUUGUUAGAGCUCUUUGAAAAAAGAAGAAUCAAACUUUGCUAUCAUCAUUCUCUCAAAAAAACUAUGCAUCUUUAACAGUUUCCAAGAGCAGACAAGGAGCCUCAAUGUCAUCGCCAUCUUCUUCUAUGACAUCUCAGUGGAAAUACGAUGUGUUUCUUAGUUUUAGCGGUGUAGACACCCGUAACAAGUUUACGAGCCAUCUGUUUGCUGCUUUGGAAAGGAAGGGCAUUUUGACCUUUAUUGACAAUAGACUUGAGAGAGGAAAACCUAUUUCAUCAGAGCUCUUGAAAACAAUAGAAGAAUCUAGGUUUGCUAUUAUCAUUUUCUCUAUUAACUAUGCAUCUUCGAGUUGGUGCUUAGAUGAACUUGCAGCGAUCCUUAGAUGCAUGAAAGAGACAGGAUUGACAAUUUUUCCCAUUUUUUAUGAGGUGGAUCCAUCUGAUGUACAAAAACAGACAGGAGCUUUUGGACAAGCUAUUACUAAACAUGAAGAUGAAGAGAACAUAGAAGAGGUGCAAAAAUGGAGAGAAGCUUUGAAAGAAGUGGCCACUCUUGCUGGUUGGCAUUUUCAAGAUGGGAAUGAGGCAGAACUUAUCAAGCAAGUCGUGGAAGUGAUUUCACAUAAGUUAAAUUCAAAAUUCUUAGGCUUUACCAAAGACUUGGUAGGAAUAAAGUCUUCAGUGGAGAAAUUGUUCACUUCGUGUUUUGGUCUUAUGAACAAGGUUCGUAUGAUAGGGAUUUAUGGCAUGGGGGGGCUGGGAAAGACAACUCUUGCUGGAGCUGUUUAUGAUAAGUUCUCCAAUUGUUUUGAAGGUUCUAGCUUUAUUGCUAACGUUAGGGAAGUUUCAGAAAAAGGUGAUUUGAUUUCACUACAACAACAACUUCUUGAAGAUAUUUUGGGGGAAAAAAAUAGCAAGAUAUGGAAUAUUUAUCAUGGAGUCGAAAUGAUCAAGAAUAGGCUACGAGGUAAAAAAGUUCUACUAGUUCUUGAUGAUGUCAAUCAAUUGGACCAAUUAGAAAAGUUGGCAGGAGAGGAUGGUUGGUUUGGAUUUGGUAGUUGGAUCAUUAUAACAACUAGAAAUAAACAUUUGUUGGUCCAACAUGGUGUGUAUAACAUAUAUAAGCCCAAUGUAUUGAAUAGAGAGGAUGCUUUAAAACUUUUUUGUUUGAAAGCCUUUAAAAAUGAAAACCCCAAAGAAGAUUAUAAGCAACUCUCCCAGGAUAUUGUACACUAUGCUGGUGGCCUUCCAUUAGCUCUUGCUACUUUGGGUUCCUUUUUCAUGGGAAGAACAAUGGAAGAAUGGAAAAGUGCAUUAGUUGAUUUAAAACAAAUUCCUCAAGGAAAAAUAUUUGAUACUCUUAAAGUAAGUUAUGAUAGACUAGAGGAAAGGUGGAAGGAUAUAUUUUUGGAUAUUGCAUGUUUCUUUAGAGGAAAGACGGAAGGUCGAGUAAUAGAGUUAUUAAAGUAUCGUGGUUUUGAGGCAAGAAUCGGUAUAAAAGUUCUGAUGGAAAGAUCUCUCAUAACCAUAGAAAAUAAUAGAUUAUGGAUGCAUGAUCUAUUACAAGAAAUGGGCAUAAAAAUUGUCCAAGAAUUACAUAAAAAGCCUAGAAAGCGUAGCAGAUUGUGGUCUUUUGAAGAUUUGCUUCAUGUAUUGAAGAAAGAUACGGAAGCGGAAGCACUUCAAGCCAUAGUCCUAAAUCGUUAUGAAUGGGAAAGACAUGACUGGAACUCUGAAACCUUUUCUAAAGCUUUUUCAAAGAUGUGUAAUCUUAGAUUGCUUAUAAUUCACAAUGUGCACAUCCCCAAUGGUCUGAAUCAUGUUUCUAACAACCUAAGAUUUCUUCAAUGGAUUGGGUAUCUUUCAGAAUGUUUGCCAUCCAGUUUCCAACCAAAAGAGCUUCUAGAACUUUGUUUACGUGAUAGCAAAAUGAAAUAUCUAUGGAAAGGAGUAAAGUAUUUGGAAAAUUUGAAAUGCAUGGAUCUUAGAAAUUCCAAGGACCUUAUUGAGACACCUGACUUCACAGGAGUUCCAAGACUUGAGAGACUACAUUUUAGAUGGUGUGAUAAUUUGGUUGAGAUCCACCCAUCUAUUGGGCAUCUCAGUAGCCUUAUUGUUUUAGAUCUAGAAUACUGUGUCUCUCUCAUUCAUCUGCCCAGAAUGUCUAGUAAAAUGGAGUCACUUAAAAUUCUUAAACUCUGCGGUUGCUCAAAAAUCAGGAAGAUUCCAGAAUUUAAGGGAAUAAUGAGAAGCCUAUCAGAACUUCAUUUGGAUAAGACUACUAUUGAAAAAUUACCCUCAUCAAUCGAGUUUUUGACUGCCCUUACUUUAUUGAGCCUAAGGGAUUGUCAAUAUCUCACAUGUCUUCCACGUAACAUGGAUAGUUUGAGGUCACUUGAAAAACUUCUUGUUAUCGGAUGCUCAAAACUUACCUACCUGCCAGGGCACCUUUGGAAUAUAAAGUGUUUGGAACAUGAUUUGAGUCGAACUGCAUUUAGACAGCCAUUAGACAGAAAUGUUUCUGUGAGGUGUCGGUCACUUUCCCCAACAUUCAAACGGAUUGGGUAUCCUUCACAAUGUUUGCCAUCCAGUUUCCAACCGAAAGAGUGUGAGUAUCUUGUGCUACCAAAGAAUUUAAAGCGUUUGACUAUUCAUGGUUGGAGUAAGCUUGAGCGUCUUGAUCUAAUAAGUUGCGAGAAACUUAUUGAGAUAACUAGCUUCAAAGGAAUUCCAGGACUGGAGAUUUUAGAUUUUAAUAAGUGGCAUAAUUUGAUAGAGCCCUCCUCAAGUAUUGGGAAUUUAACUAUGCUUGAAGAAUUGUACCUGAAAGGGAAUAGCUUUAAAAAAUUUCAACUUAAUCUAGAUGAUGUUAUUGUUAAUCAAUUGGAAUCAUUAGGAAAGUUUGCUAGAGAGCAUUACCAGUUAGGAUUGGGUAGACAAAACAUCAUGACAACUACAAAUGAACAUUUGCUGGUCAAACAUGGUGUGCAUAAAACAUACAUGAAUGCUGAAGAUUGUUAUUCCCAAGAACAAUCACAAGCACUGCACGGGCAGAGCAGUUUGUCACAACCCUGGUCGCAGUGGCCUCAAUAUAGUGAGAGCAGCGUUGGAGUGACAUUUACAAUAUUGAAUCGUUACCUACAGGGACUCCGUUUUCCAAAAAAUGGAUGUGAAACUUCUAUCGUAAGGAAAGAGAAUGGAUUUGGAAUUGCAUUUCAGAUAAUUAUUCCUGGAUAUGAAAUUCCAUGGUGGAUAACUCAUCAAAGGUCAGGGAACUCAAUAAGCAUAGGGCUGCCUCCAAAUUGGCGUAAUAGUAAGUGGAUGGGAUUCGCACUCUGCGCUUCUUUGGAUGCAUCAUAUUCACAUAUUUCUGUUGAAGAGUUUGACCUUGGUGAAACAUUUGGUCUUAAAGCUCGUGUGACAGCCCAUGGUGAUACGCCUCACAGUUAUUAUGCCACUGAAAUUUCCUGUAGCACAAAACUUGUUGCAAGGCACAUUUGGCUAUUGUAUUUGCCUCGUGAUGAUUGGUUUGCUACUGCUCGGAGUGGUGAAUUCAAUCAGAUUGAGGCUGUAUUUGAGAGCACUAGGCCAGGCUUGUAUGUGCGGAAAUGUGGGCUCAGAUUGUUAUAUGAGCAAGAUGUGGAAAUGUUCACCCAAACAAUAUGCAGCAGUAAUCGCAUAACUUUUGAGGGUUGUGAUGAUUCCCAUGAUGAAUUUGACAAUUUAUGGAGAAACUGUGAUGACUAUAAUGAUAAUGAAACUAGUGCAAUUUGCAGCUCUUCUGAGGAAAUUGAAAGUUACACCUCUUCAGUCAAUGGUGUGCAAAUUUCAUACCCAAGCAACAUUAAUGUAAGCCACCAAAAAAUAUGUCACUGUCCGGCCCAAGCUUCACUGAAAACAAUAUUCACUGAUGAGAAUUUUGGGAGAAGGUUUUGGAGUUGUGGCAAAUACAAGCAAAACGUAAAUUGUGGGUUCUUUGAAUGGGAAGAUCCAGAAAUGUGUCUGUACGGACGAAGAGUAAUACAUCAACUACAAGAAUGCUUGGAGAAGAUUGAUAAGGAUAAAGUUGAUCAAGAUGAGUUAGUUAUGCUUCGUGAGAAAGAGAGGAUGCUCUGUAUUGAACAGGAUAAGUUGAAGAAGUUAUUAGCCGUACAUCAUAAAGAAAACAAAAACUUGAGGAUUGCUUUGUUGUUUUCUUGGAUUGCCUUUGUAAUUAUUGUGACUGUUCUGAUUUGGUGCAAAGGGGCUAGAGUGGAGCACAAAAAGAUGUUGCCAUAAGUUUAGCUAAUUUUGGGCAAAAUGU